UCAGUGAAAAUUGUUUCAAAUUUUUUUAAGGUUAUAGGCAAGCAGGUAUGAAUGAUAAGCAUAAUUGAACUUCAGAGUAUAAGUUUAUUAUCCUGAAUCGCAAGUUGAAAAGAGUAAAGAGAAAAUGUGUCAUGAAGCCACAUUAUUUCUCAGAGCGAUUACUCGAGAUUAUUCGUUUCCCGGGAAAAAAAGCUGCGUUGAAAAGAAUACUGAGCAUAUCAAUCGUCACCAAGCAACCUUCAAUUGAAUCGAUUAAAUUUGCUCAUAUCAAUAGUCAAAACAUUUCUGAGUUGAUUUUGCUUGAAUCAGUCUUUAAUUAGUUGAAACAUUCAAAUAAGUUAUUAAAUUAAGAAGAAUUUUUAAUUAAUAUUUUCACAAUUCUGACUCUGUAUCUUGCCUCUUUUCUCGCAACUAUUCGAUCGACUGAUCCAGACUGAUCUCACAAUGAGAACGAAAGGACGAAGUGGUGAUGGAGGGAUUGAGAGGAAGAAAGAAAUGGUCGACUCGCUCAUUCGCGCGCGCAAAGCUGUUUUUUGUUUAUAAAUAUCCCGGGCCCACCGCCAGGUGACCGUUCGAGCACUUAGCCUAGACAUUUAUCCUUGACAUUUCGUCAAGAACGAGAUUCGCGGCAAGACGAGCUAUCGUGAGAGCCAAGACGUGGUUUCCCGCGUUGUCGUCCGAUAGGUUAUAUGCCGUACUUUUUACCUGCACUCUGUUACACCUAGUUGCAUUUUCUGCACGUCGCGACCGGAAGGAUCGGAGGAAUCCUUCGCCUCUUUCAGAGUGCGGGAAUGUCGCACAUUGCGAUUUGAAAGUGCAGAAUAUGCGGUCAGAACAAGAACGGAUCUAUAUAUACUAACUUCAUUGACGAUCAGCUGGAACGUGUCACUCGCCGCGAUUAGGUUAGGUUCGUCGCGGCGAAAGUUGGAACUCAUCCUGAGCCAUCCCGAAAAAAUUUGCAAUGAAGAAGCUGGAUAAUGCAGUAGUUGUACGUGUGUUGUACGGAAGCGAGACCGGAACUGCUCAAGACGUCGCCGAGCAAAUCUGGAAGAGUGCCAAAAGAAAAGGGUUACGAAGCACUGUUUCCUCUCUAGAAGACUAUGACAUGCACAGUCUUACUUCUGAUCAGCUUGUCAUAUUUGUGGUGGCCACCACAGGACAAGGUGAUCCUCCAGCUAACAUGCAACGAUUCUGGCGGCUGUUGUUGUGGAAGAAUCUUGCAACAAACAUGCUACAGGAUCUAGCAUAUGGUGUGCUAGGUCUAGGCGAUAGCUCUUAUCAGAAAUUCAACUUUGCCGCGAAGAAGCUAAACAGGCGGCUGGCACAGCUUGGCGGCAAGGAAUUGUUGCCGGUUGGUCUCGCAGAUGACCAGCAUGACUUAGGAAUAGACGCCGUUAUUGAUCCCUGGGUUAAAAAACUCUGGGAUGAGGUCGGGAACACCUUCAACAUUUCCGUGGAAGACAAGUUCGACGAGGAGAACUCGAUAAUCGAAAGGUUCGAUAUAGCCGUGAUGGAAACGGGCCAGUUGAGUUCUAUGAACAGUCUAUGCCGAUCCCAAGGUGACAUCUACGCUCAUGAGGAAGCGCUCGUGAAGGAUGAAGUACGAAUAGGGACGAUAGUCGAUAAUAAAAGAACCACGUCGGAGGAUCAUUUCCAGGACGUGAGACUGAUUCAUAUACAAGCGGACGACAUCAGUUACCAACCGGGCGACGUCGUCUACGUUCGAUCGAAGAACUCCAUAGAACAAGUCAGACAUUUCUUCGAUGUUCUUCACGAGCACGACGUCAAACUCUUCCCGGACACAGUGAUACAAGUGUCGCAGAAGGACAUAAAGGUUCCUUCCGUGCUGAAACGCAGCCUAACUCUCGGGGAGAUCGUGGAGCAAUAUUGGGACCUAAACUUCAAGCCACGUCGAUCCACCAUGCACACCCUGUCGCUAAUCAGCGAGAACGAGUUGGAGAAAGAAAAACUUGGUGAAUUUAGCGGUGCGGCCGGCCAAGAAGAACUCUACGAUUACAUCAACAGGCCGAGGAGGAACAUUCUAGAGCUCCUGGUAGACUUUCCGCACACUACCAGCAAGCUGAAUGUGAAGGUGCUCUUCGAAAUCAUGUCUCCCAUAAAGCCGCGCGCCUACAGCAUCGCUUCGAGCUUGAGGGCUACUCCGAACGCGAUAGAAAUCUUGGUGGCAGUCGUAAAGUACAAAACGAAGAUGCUAGAACCGCGUUUUGGCUUGUGUUCCAAGUGGUUGGCUAGUUUGAGGAGCAACGAUAAGGUGGUGUUUUGGCUGCAGAAGGGAACCUUUCGGUUCGCGAAGAACAAGCCGAUGAUUCUAAUCGGCCCCGGCACGGGAUUGGCGCCGUUCAGGUCCUUGCUCCUGGAAAGAGCGCUGACUGACGAGAGUUUGAAGGACUACGCGCUCUUCUUUGGUUGCAGAUAUAAGGAGAAGGAUUAUCAUUGCAGAGAGGAUCUAAAGAGGCUGUCGAGAGAGAAGGACUUGAAGGUGUUCUGCGCGUUCUCCAGGGAUCAGGAACAUAAAAUGUAUGUGCAACACGUUAUACAUCAACAGAGAGAUUUGUGUUGGCAAUUUCUGCAGAACGAUGGCAGCAUUUAUCUAGCAGGAAGUGAACCUGUGCGUCUCUCGCCGGGGUGGGAAGGCACAGGUAGACCGGACGACGAGUUGAAUUUCAAGGGUGUCACGAUGGAUCAAGCGGAUCUCGAAUUGAAUCCUCCUAAAGAUAGAUUAAACUUAGUAUUUUGCAUAAUGAUACUUCACGGAAUCGGUGCCUUGAUGCCAUGGAAUAUGUUCAUAACGGCUAAAGAGUAUUUUGUCAGUUACAAACUGUCCAAGGAUUACACCGGCGUGGAGACGAACUACGCGACGAAUUUCCUCGCGUAUCUGGGAUUUUCCGCGCAAGUGCCGAAUCUGCUGUUCAAUUGGCUGAACGUAUUUCUACAAUUGGGAGGCAACCUGACGACGCGCAUAGUAUGGAGUAUCUUCGUCCUAGUUCUGAUCUUUGUAUUCACCAUCGUGCUGGCGAUGACUGACAGUUCUGGCUGGCCAGGAAUAUUUUUCUGGAUCACUAUGGUCUCCGUUGUCAUAUUAAAUACUGCCAAUGGCAUUUAUCAAAAUUCUGUAUUUGGAAUGGCGGCGAAAUUACCGAGCAAAUAUACGGGCGCCGUUGUCUUGGGUUCGAAUAUAAGCGGGACGUUCACAGCCAUAAUAAACUUCCUCGCGCAAAUAAUAGCGACGAACGCACGCACCGCCGCCAUAUAUUACUUCAUCACGGCUUUGUUCAUCCUGCUGAUUUGCUUUGACACUUAUUUCGCCCUCCCGAUAAACAGAUUUUAUCGAUACCACGAGAUGAUUCAUCAGAAGGAGGCAAACAAGAGACAAUUGGAGAACAACACUAGAGGCACUCAGAGGCCACCCUAUUGGAAGGUGUUCAAGGCGUGUUUCCCGCAAUGCUUCAACACGUUCCUCAUCUUUUUCGUCACUCUGGCUCUCUUCCCAUCCGUUCACUCCGACAUACGGUCCUCGAACGAGAACUUCGUGGUGUCACCCAACUAUUACAGUAGCGUCAUGUGUUUCUUGACGUUCAACAUCACUGCCAUGCUUGGUAGCUCCGUCGCGUCGCUUGUUCAAUGGCCCAGCAAGAAGUACCUGGUGAUCCCCGUGAUCCUGCGACUCGCGUAUUUACCGUUAUUCCUGUUUUGCAACUAUCAACCAGCUAACACGCAUAGAAUAUUACCGGUGUACAUCCACAACGAUUGGAUCUACUUGGCCAUCGCCGUUACUAUGGGCUUCAGCAGCGGCUACUUGUCGUCAUUGUCAAUGAUGUAUUGUCCCAAAAUGGUGGACUCGCAGUACGCGUCAACGGCAGGCAUGUUCGGUGCGGCGUCCCUAAUCACAGGCAUCUUCACGGGAAUCUUGUUCUCGAUGAUCAUGCCGAGCUUCGUGGCCAGCGUGACGUUUUGAUCGCUCUCGGUAUGGAGAGCGCGCCGCUUGUAUUCAGUACUCAGGAGUUAGAGAAGAGACGGAGUGUGUGCAUUCGAGAUUUGAGAGAGAGUGUGUAUAUAUAUACACACAUAUAUGCAUAUAUACAGUCUAUAUCCAGCAGUUACAAACUGAAGCAUAAGAACAACUGAAGAUAUUCCGAGAAGGAGGAAUAAAACGUUACUUCCGGUGUUGCCGAGAUUAAGAGACGAAUAAAGAUACGACGUUUCUCGAAGAAGCGAAAGCCGCUUACGUCAACUCGAAUGAAGGAAAGUCGCAUCGAGAGACUCAUUUACUUAUACAUACACAUACGUUUAAUGUACAUGUGCAUACGUACAUCAACGCAUGUACGUUAAACGUAUAUAUACAUAUAUAUAUACAUAAAUUUAAUCGUACAAUUCUUUACAGUAUAGAUUGACACUAAACGCGACCGUUCGGAGCCAUGCGUAUGUUUUUUAUAAGUGUGUGACUUUAUUCACAUCGACGACAUGAUUUUUGACCGAGGAUUGACACCAGUAUAACUUCCGUCGAGCUCGGACAUCGCAGAUGCGCAGCGAUGUGCUUAUAGGGAAGCGGAACAUGAGCUCUCCUCUUUCCCAUGACGUACAGACUUGUCUCUCUCGCCCCUUCCCCCGCCGAUGCCGAGACAGAAACUGAACUCUUCGGAAUUAUACGUUUCAAUCUUCGACGUACCAUUGAUAGGAGACGGUGUACAGAGAGCGACCUGGAAGAACGGCCGAAGAAUUCAGAGGCGUAGACGAUAUUUCCAAGAGAUCAGUUUCUCGAGUCACGUUGGUUAGACGUCUUUUCUCUAUUUUACGCCGCUGGAUUCUUCAGUUCCUCUUGUGGACGACUCUGUACGUUAUACAACUAGUUACACACGAGCGUACGUAAGUUAUAAACGUAAAGACCACGCAAAGUGCAUUAACGAUCCGGAAGACGAUCUACUAUGCGUACAGAGAUUGAUCUCGCGCAGUCGUUGCAACAGAUCUGAAUAGGGAAUAUUGGGAUCUAUGAUUUCACGAGGAUUAGAAGCAAGUUGUAGAUGGGCCUGUUCGUUUCAAUCGCCCCAUCUGCACUCGAUUCCUCUGUUCUUUCACCUAUCCAACGCUCGAAUAUAUUCAACACUCGAGUUCGUUUGAAGCUCAGGAAAUGUUAGAAAGUGUGAGUGAAACGAACAGGCACAGUGGUGCAAAAGGUUUGUCGGGUAAAAUUGAAAGCAAAAUCAUGUACCGUUUCGCGAUAAUAUUUUUAUUCAAGUUAUUUUUAUGGUUAAUCUCCAUCCAGAAAAGAAAGUUCUCGUAACUCUUUUUCUCUCUUUUCAAGGAAUCUCCCAACCUUCUUUCUUUACAAGAGACCAGAAGACGAGCCUUUUGCACCAGCCUGACAAUUUUACUAUAUUAUUAUUGACCCCACCCGAUUAUAAAAUAAAACCGGACCAAUAAGCCUUAUUAAUGAGAAGAAAAAGAAUCAUAUUCACGUUCUCUCUUAUCGCGUCGUUCGGAUAGAAACCGCUAUGCAGAUUUCAUCGUUGAUGAGAGAUCACGUCGUAUUUAGAUCUCUCCCAUAUAUAUAUGAUGAUAACAUUCGCCCCGCGCUUAGCGCUGAAGCCUCUCCCGCGAAUUUUCCAUUGUCCACCGGUGCAUUCCCCGGAGAUCAUCGCGUUCGCAGGGGCCAUGUGUUUGGCGUUAAGCGCGCGGCGCGCGAGAAUAUGCCUCUUACUAAUCGUUAAGCAUUACAAUUUUAGAUAGAGUCUACGCUAAAGUUGCCACUCGCUGAAUUCUCCCGCGCAAAGAGACAAAGAGAGGACAGUCCGUGUUUCGGAAUUGGUCCGGCUGGCAAACCUGGGUAUACGCGGACACAGGCACGGGGCGUCUCUUGCGGCUCGCGAUUCCUCCGUUGGCACGUCCGCGAAUGUGUCGUUGAAGCUGAGGUUGCGACCGGCGCGAGACGUCCCGUGUGCAUAUAGAUAUAUACACUGUUAAUAUAAAUAGAGAGAUGACAGUUUUAUCGAAGGCGACGAAGAUUCAGAGCGGCGAUCGCUCACUAAUUAAACGCAUACACGAUUUCGAUGCUUUGUCUUCGAACCAACGUCUGUCCGAUGAUGUCGUGUGAUUUUUCUCUACUGACUUUUUUACGCCGUUUGCGUCGUCAUCGACGACAGGUGUUGCAAAAUCAAACUGGAAUUAUUUAAAGCAUUAUCCGCCAACAAUCUGUCGUAUCGAGCUCUAUGUAUUUUACAUUUUUUGUUUUUUUCUUGUAGCUUUAUUCGACUGUGCUCAUUGAUUAACAUGGUUGUGUUUAUUCUGCGAUUUACUUCGCAGUGUCUCGAAUUUUCUCACCGAAUAACAGACGCGAGAUAAGUUCACGGUAUACAUGUACCUCUCGCGCGUGUCCCGAUAGAUUUAAGUUAAUUUUAAGUAGAUCUCUCCUAACGAUUAUUAAGUAAGUUAAACGAUAAGUUUUCACUCUCGCGGUAUCUCUGAUAGACUCGAGUCGAUAAAGCGGACUAUAUUACUCUUCGUCGCACAGAUUCAUUCACGAAUUUCCAAUUUCACAAUUUACUUCCACGUGAAAAUUUCGUGGUUAUUAUCGAUAGGGAUUUUAUACGGAGUAAUUUUUAUACGAAAUUUUCACAGAUCUCUGGGAACAUUCUUUUCCCUGUUUCCAUAACGCUUGAAGCGAAUUUAACCGCGCCUCCAAAAGCGAGAUGAGAGAGUUGAGACUAGCCGAUACUAGUCCUCGUUUGCUGUUUUAAUAAUCUUACUAAAACCAUGCGCGUUUUUGUGAAACAAUGCAUGCUUCGAAAUUGGAAGUUGGUUACAUCUUUCCGGCCAUGAUUACGCUUUAAACGAGCGCGUGAUUCUUAUUUCCGCCGUAUGUAUCCGUGUACAGUUGAUAAAGCGUAUAUGAUAACGUUUGUUAUUUUAAGCUGUGAAACAGAUCGCAAAAUGUCCUUCGUUUCAUAAACAAUCGUGAUCGCAUGAAAUCCAAGCGCGAUGCACAAUAAUAAUUCUUCCGCGAAUGACGUUCUUUAUGAUUCUUUGGUUGAAUGACGAUAGUCUUUAUGAUUCUUUGGUUGUUUCAUCGUAUUGCACACAUACAUACACACACGCGCGCGCGUGCGUUACUUCACGUCAGCUUUAGUUUAAAAUGUUAGAGUUAAGGCGCAUCUAAUAAAGAGGACAAAAUAUUUUCGCGUAUUGUAACUGAGACAUCGUAAAAUACUCUCUAAAUUUCUCAGAGUGAAAUUCCAGUAACAAUGGAAUUACAACUGAGUCACUCGAAUUUUUUCACUUAUAUGGAGUAAAGUCUCCAUUCUAAGUCGUUCUUUUGAAAGUUGAGGAGUAUAUUUUAUAUAUUCAAUCGUCACACAAAAAGAAAUUCACUUCAAUCUAUAGAAACGUUCACUCGUAUGGAUUAGAAAAAUUUACUUUAGAUUUGAGUUAAAUAUUCACUCGUUCUCGCUGAAAUUUUAUUGCAAGAAAUUUAGAGAAAACUCUUAAAACUUCUUUGAGUAAAAUUCAUUUAAAAAAUAAAGUCACAACAAAGUUGCUCAAAUUUGAAUAACUUUUUACUCACAGUGAAUUUCUCCAUUCUACAUUGUCGAGUGAAGAUUUUCUCUCGAAAUUAAACCAUAAUUUGAUUUAUUUCGUCAUUAAAUGAACAAAUUUAAUCGUUUAAAACAUACACUCGUAUGAAGCAAGAAUCCUUUCAAAGUUUAAGUGGAACUUUUAUCAAAGUGGCGAUAUUUGCAAUAUCGUCUUGAGAAAUUUAAUUAAUUCAAAUUUUCACCUGUUUUCAGCGAGAAUCAACCCUAAGAGAUUUAGAGAGUGCGUGUUGUAAUUGCUUACCAUAAGCAUACGCGACCGACUUAUGCUUCUCGCAGGACCACCGUUACGAAUCCAAGCGAUCUUUCGUUCACUCGUCGUCAUCAUCGGAACUUUUUCCUAGCUGUUUUAUAAUAAUAAUAACACUCAAAUUUUGCAUCGAACACACCUUGCAUUACGUUUUAAGGUGACACGCAUCGCGAGACGGGCAGCAGCUUUCGAUUUUGUAUUUUUGUACAAAGAGACCUCAUCCAGACGAUCUCGUACUCAGUUGUAAACACUUAAAUCGUUCCCAAAGUACUCUGAGAAAAAAUACCUGCAAAUUUAUUUGUGGGAUAAAAGUUUAUUUUUCACAGAAAGUAAACUUUAAUUUUCCAGAAAUAAACUUUAUUUCAGGGAAAUAAAUCUCAUCCCCGAAUAAAUUUUUAAAUGUGAUUUUCUCAGCGUAGGUUCGAUUAAAGUUUCAUUUUUUUUUUCUCUUCUCUGAUCGUCACUGAUACGAGAAGAGGUACGAGUUAAAGCUCAUAGAUGGAAGUUUAAACAAAUAUUUUAGAAACAACACAGAUGACGCGUUUUCAGCAGGAGCGCACGUAUUGCAUACGUAAUCGAUCUCUUGCUCAUUUAUACACACACACACACUUGCAUUUUUUAAAUUAAUCCUAAAGUAGGUAAAGCCACGCCAGCUUGGUGUACCUAAUCGACUCUAAUCAUCUCCAUUAUCUCUAUCAACUUUUAAGGCGUAUCGAUAAUCCAUUAUCUCUCGUCGAUUUAGCCUCUACAGAUCGACAAACUUGAAAAGAAAAGGUUCGCGCUAAAAAAGGACGUUUCGCUUACGACGCGAUGAUUCUAGGAGAAAGUGGUGGAUCGUAUCGAGAGGCACGUAAUAUAACUUGCAAUUGAUAAUCGAAGUUUUCCAGAAUUCUGUCAUAUCGUAACUUAUUACUUGGAUUUAAGGAAAUGGAAAUUGAGCCGUUCAAUUUCGAAGAAAUGAGGAAGAUAAGUCUCUCUUGGACGAGAUUACAUAAGAUAAUAGGCAAGUUAUGGAAUCAUCGCGUCGCGAAUAGAAGCGCGUUUCUCCAUCGGUAACCUUGCGAUGAGAGAAAGAAAACGAAAGAAGGGAACGUUUUACCUCGAUCAUCAUCUUAUCAGACUGACGGAAAAAUGACAAUGAUGAUUCUAAAAGCGCAUUCUGAAUUCCUACAUGGACAAUCCUCCGUACGAAGCAAUGCAGACAAUAAAGUCGAAGGAAUUCGAUGAUAAAUCCAAUAAUCGGAAGACUCACUUUUGAAUUUAAAGAUAAAUGAAAAUGAAGAUGAAGAAAAAGAAACCGAUAGAGUAGAUGGAAUAUUUUUAUAUGGAUUCGGUCACGAGUAAACUUUUCCAUUCGACACGAUUGUUUCCCACGCAUAUCGUAUAUCUCGUUCUAGAUCUUAAGUCUACUAAUGAUAAUAAUUAAAAGGACGAAUUCACCAUUAAUAUUAGGCACGCUGUGUAUGUAAGACGUACGAGCGCGUUCGUUUCCGCGUAGAAAUGGUGCAAGCUAUCUCCUGAGAAUAAAGUUCGCGGCGACCCGGUUGAUGCGUUAUCGUCGCGAGCUCGACUCUGCCAUUUCUCCACGUCGAAAUGUGCGCGUGUGCAUAAUUAUGAACGCAGAGAUACAGGGAGACUCAGAAACCGCGGGUUCCUUCUCUCGAUCGGAUUCGAAGUCGAACGUUUGUGAGGAAUUAAAAAAAUCGCCGGGAAAUAAAAGAGAAUCGGAAGAUCGGUGAAAAGGUACAUCGUGCUUCGAGAGAGAAGGACCGAUGUCCAGAGUUAAUAACUUGACGACGCGAGCCUCGAUCGCUUAGUCAUGCCGGAGAUUCCGGUCGGAAAAAAGAAGUCGAUGUGUUCUUGUAUGAAUAUUAAAUAUCCAUAAAAUAUUCAUCAAGGGCCACGCAUGCGUUGGUCUUCUUCUUCUUUCCGACUUUCUUCCCGACUCAGUCGAGUUGGAAGUCUCGACACAUGUCUAGUGUAUGAGCGUAAGAGGGAUCGAAGAGACCUUGUGAAGUAAGAGAUUCAUGCGUCUCAUAUAAAUAAGUAGAUUUACGAAGGAAACUGUUUGAACCGUUCAAUUUAUUGUAGAAAGAAUGUUAAAUAAAUGAGUAAGGACUAA